AUGGCAUUUAUAACAUCGCUCGAGCCCCUUUGGGCAGCUUCGAGCCUCCAAUUUGAGAACGCCUUUCAAUUCAUCAAAUCCUUCGCCGGUAACCAAACCGACAUUCCUAAGACAACCGAGAAAAUACUAGAAAGUCAGAUUGGCUGGUCCAAUCCUCCCGAACCAUCCAACAUGCCAUUCAACAUCGACUUUCAAAUGGUCUUCUCGCUCUUCUACUUCCUCGUCAUCUUCCUCAUUCCUUUCUUCCUCACCAACUAUCUCCUCCCUGCCACGAGUCACUCCCGACGCGAUCGCUGGCUGUUCGGAUGGCACCUCUUCGAUGCCCUCGUCCACUUCGGCAUGGAAGGUCUCUUCCUCUUCCAUUGCUUCUUCAGCUACGCCCCUAUCUCCCCUAGCGAGAGCCGCGACCCCGUCUUCCUCGGUGAUAAAGACCACGUCUACGGCGCCACAUACUCCAACUCACCGACUGCCAAACUGUGGCAUGAAUAUGCUCUAGCAGACCACCGCUGGGGUGGUGCCGACCCUACCAUCAUCUCGAUUGAGCUGAUCACUGUGAUCUUCGGCGGUAUCACCGCCUCCUUGAUCAGCUAUUGGGUCUAUCAGGCUGCUGGCCGGCAGUCGAGGGAGAAAGAAGCGAUCAAGGCAAAGAUGUGGUUCAUGAUGAUUGUGUUGGCAACGGCCGAGAUCUACGGAGGCUUCAUGACCUUCCUGCCGGAGAUGUUGACUGGCAACACAGCGUUGGCUACCGAUAGCUUCCUGUAUUUCGUGCUGUAUAUUGUUAUCUUCAACGGCCUUUGGGUCGUUGUCCCCGGUUGGAUACUGUGGGAGGCAUGGAAGGAGUUUACCGGCUCCUCCACCGUCAUUAAGAGGCAGCGGGACAACAGCUCCCCCAGACACAAGCUUGGAAGGUGA